AUGUCACAACAUUCUUUUUGUUUGUUAUUGUUUAUUUUCUAAGAAUUGCAUUCUUAGAUUUGUAAUUAUAUUCUUUUGUGCAUAAUUUUAUAAAGAUGGAAUGUAAAAAAAAGUUUUAAUCGUUUUAAACAAUAGAAAACAUUAAAAAUAUCAAAUUUAACCUAUUAAUACGAAAUUUAAAAAUGCUUUUAUCUGAAAGCCUUUUGUCAGAUGUUAAUGAACAGGAGAAAUUAUUGGAAAAAUUUGAUGAAACUUUAAAAUCAUUAAGACGACAAUUCAGAAAAUUACUAAAGGAAAGAAAAGCGCAUAAAAAUUGUAAAUUAUCAAAUCAAUCAGAAGAUGAUACUAGUGUUACUUCUACAAAAACAAAUGACAGCAUUAAAGAAGUACAUGAUACAACAGAAAUAAUUGCGGAAGAUAAAAAUGACAUUUCAAUGAUAGAAUGCAAUAAUGUGAUAGAAAAAUCAACUCCAGAUAAUCUUGAUGUUCAAGAAAUAGUUGAAAAUAAUUUACUAUUAGAUGAAAUACCAGAAAUACUUUCUGUUCAGUUUGAUACUGAAUCUGAGCAUAGUUUAAUGAAACAAUUUGAAGAAUCAAAAUUAAAUUCAAACAAUAACGAAAGUCAAAUACAAAAAAGUCCUGUAUUUUCAAGAAAUAAAAUUCGAGGGAAGAAGAAUUUUUCUUGUAAAAUUUAUCCCAAUAUUGAAAAGGAGAAAAUUACUGAAAUUCCAAAAUCCGCUAAUGAUAAUAAUUUGUCAAAUAUGAAUAUAUCACUUUUUUCUUCAGUGAAGGAAAAUGAUAUUUUUACAAGUCCUAAAUUAAAACCUAGUCAAAAAUUAGGUGUCUCUAAUUUAUAUAAUGUUAAUUCGAAAAUGUCAUGUAAAGGAAAUAAAUUGAAACAAACGAAACUUAUAUUUAUAACAGACGAAGAGAAAACAGACAUUAGUAAAGAGACAAAUAUAACAUCAAAAGCGGAAAAUAGAACAAUUGAUUCACUAUUUGACACGUCUUUAUUUAAUUCCAAUAUAAAUGUUGAAAAUAUGGAUAUUGAUAUGGAUGAGACAUUUGCAAGUUCAAAAUCAACAAUUGACACAACAUUGGGUUCGUCAACACCAAAAAGAAUUACUAAAUCAAUUGAAUGUGUUUUUGAAAAAAUUAGCCCUGCCAAGGAAAAUAAAAUUAAAAUUAAAGACAAUAUUUCUCAAAUUAAUUCGAGUUAUGAACCAGAGGCUUCGCUAACACAAUUUUUAUCUCCAAAGAAGCAUCAUUCUGAUUCUGAUACGGAUUUUAGUUUUCAAGAAGAUCAUCAUUUAAUGAAGAAAAAAACUACUCACAGAGUAGCAAGAAAAAAUCUUGUUGGUUUUAUCAAAAAAGCAUCUGUUUUAAAAGAAAAUUCUCACAAAGAUUACAAUCAAAUAAAUAAGACUCAUGUCAAUGAAACAAUGAUGGAUGAUGAAACAUUCUUUUCACCUGGAGAAUAUGAAAAUGAUAUAAAAAUAGAAAAAACAUCACCUAAACCAGGAAGUUCAAGAGAAAUAACUAGUCCAAAAAUAAAACGACCUCCAAUGAGAAAUUUCGAUAAGAUUUCUGAAAAGAAAAAAUGCAUUCCAGAAUAUGCGUAUGAUGAUCAGGUUAUUAGACGGAAAAAUGAAAGAGCACGACUUAAUGGAUGGUCAUGUUGGGAUUGCAAAAAGUAUUAUGAAGAACUCAAUCUUCCUGAGAAUGAACUUAAAGAAUAUAUGAAAAAGUGUUCUCGUCAUAAGGCAAAAUUCGAUCCUUAUUAUUAUACUCCACCAGGUUUUUGGGAUCCAGCUUUUCCCGAUACACUUUGUCCUUCAUUACCUGAACGAGAAAAAAAAUAAAGUACCUGACAUUUUUAAUACUGCCGAUAAUGAUAAAAAGAAAAUAGCGCAGAUUACAAGAAUUAAAUUAAAUUUUUAUUUUCCUAUAAAUAACUAUUUUCAUAAUUAAAAUACAAUUAUCUGUAAAUAUAUUCUUUACAAUUAUUAAAAUAA